GAGGAACGGGGGGAACAUAGAGACAGGAAUGAAUGGAGUGACAAUCCCAUUAUCUGAAUAAACUGAUGGUCUGAACUGGUUAAAUUUAAACAGAAUCUGUUUUGUUCAUCGCAAUUGCGUGACCUGUAGGUGAUGUUCUGUUUGAUAUCUUCAUGAGGUGUGUGUGUUAUGUGCCUUCGAUUACGACUUACGGCGACACUGAAUCAGCGACCUCCAAGAGCACCUGUCAUGAACCACCCUGUUCAGAUCUUGGCAUAAAGAUUUCUUUAAAACAUGUGGGAUGAUGUAGAGCUUUUGGCCUAUGAUGAUACAGGAAGUGGUCAGCUAAGUUUACAUUCCAGACUAGAAUGUGGAAGCACGCUGUAUCAAAUCAAUGCACUAAUUAAAGUCACUUCAUCUGAAAAGAUUUUGUCUAACCCAAAAUUAUAUGGACAUAACUCCAGUGAUGGCUGUGUGUUGGUGGCUGACAGAACAGUGGUGGUGCUUGACAAUAUCUGUCAGUCUCUUCAGAUGUUUCUUCAGUUUGAGGCUGAGGUGGAUGUUGUUGGCUUGUGUCAAGAAGCACAGUUCCUUGUAGUGGGGGAGAGAAGUGGCAACCUCCAUCUUAUUCAUGUAUCAUCAAAACAAACCUUGUUAACAAAUAUGUUGGUUCAACGAUCUUCAAAUGACAGGACUUACUUGAAACUUAUUCUAGAAAAAGAUAGUUCUGAUAAAGGAACCUAUCAUGCGUUCAUUCUCACAAACAAUGGGUUCUUCUGUAUUAUGCACCUUCCGCUUGCCAAAACUCAGGAAGCAAUUGACAAGAUGGACUUCAGUACUGCAAAGAAGCUACAAGGGCAAGUGGAAACGUGUUUUAUUUCUACCGAAGACUAUCACACCACUGGCUGCCUGACUUCCACAACUACGCACGCAACAAACAAGAUCAUUUUGAUCAUAGGGGGUGUAGGUGACUGUGUGAUGUCUGUGUGGGAAGUGAAUCCAAAAAAAACCCUGAUAUCCAUUCAAGCUGUUGCUGAUUCAAGUAUGAUUGAAGCUGCAAAAAUGCUUCAGGUUGUAGAUGGCUUAUUGUUUGUCUUGGAUAACGAGAAUAUUUUGUCACUGUGGGAUAUUUGCACUCUAACUUUGAUUUGGGACUGCCCUUCUGUUCACAUUGAAGAAUUUCUUCUGACUUCAGAAUCAGAUUUGUCAACAGUUGCCGGACAGGGGAUUGCCAGUCUUAAGCUGGUCGCUUUGACAAACCCUGAUGAUGACAAACAGAUGAGGAACAUCAUGGUUUUUUCGCUGCCUGCUAUGCACCAGCUCUAUUCUUUGGAAGUAACUAAUGUUUCCUCACUGAUUCAAAGUGGAAUCAAUACGGAUACAAUUUACUUUUUGGAAGGAAUGUAUGAAAACAACCAAAAGGCUUCUGACACUCCAGUCUCGCUCCUGGUAAUGAGAUGCUUAACGGAAGCCUUACCUGAGAACAGGCUGAGCCGUUUACUUCACAAACACAAGUUUACAGAGGCUGAGAAUUUUGCUAUACAGUUUGGACUGGAAGUUGAGCUUGUUUACAAAGUGAAAAUGAGCUCUAUUUUGGAGCGACUGGCUUCAGACUCUGCUUCUGGUGAAGGGCGAUCAGUUUGGCUAGAACUUGUGGCUCAAGCUAAAGAAACCCUGAAUAAAAUAAAGGAUAACCAGUUCGUGACCGAGUAUUGCAUAAAUACUCCAUGGCCAACGUAUGAAAGUGCUCAAGAAAUGCUGAACUAUGCUAGAAGCAGGAUCCUGAAGAGAGAUGAUGCAACUGUUGCCUCUCUUUUAACAGGAGACGCAGCGUCUCUUACAGAGGUGCUGCAGGCGCAAGCAAAGCUAACAACCUUUUAUGGAGCAUUUGGGCCAGAGAUGUUCAGUGGAACUGCAUGGCAUGAAUUUCUGAACAACAAGGACUUCCUCGGGGACAUCUUUUUACUGCUAAAAGGAGGAAAUCUCACUUCUGCACAAUACCUCUGGAUAAGGCAUCAGGCAGACUUUGAAAGUGGCUUUAGCAUGCAAAUGCUGGAUAACUUGCUUGACGCAAUCCCUACAACGGUUUCCCCCAAAGAACUGUGCCUGUGGUUUAAAGAAGUUGUUCUUCCUUUUGCAAGGCGAGUUGUGCCCCAAGGACAGAAGAGAAUAGCAAAGUGGCUGGAGCAAAGAGCACGAAACCUUGAGUUAACUGAUAAGGCCAAUUGGCCAGAAAAUGGACUCGAAAUGGCACAGGUGUUUUUUACCAGCAAAGAUCCAGGUGAAUUUGGAUCUGCAUCUUCCUGGUGUGGCAUUUCUUUGAAGGACAUUGAUGGUGAGGAGGUCCGUUGUCUAACCGAAUUGGUCAGUGCUUUACAGGGCUUGGUAGACCUCUAUAAGAAAUACAACUGUAGGCUGGCCCUCUGUAACUUUCAAAAGGAAAAUGCAAAUACUAUCGUUUUUCAUAUGUUUGAUAAAGUUCUGGCAGCAGAACUCAUUCCAGUCACUUUAGAGAAGUAUAUUGAACCGUACAUGUACCAUCAUAAUCUGGAAAAAGAUGAAGUUCUCUUGCAGUACAUAAAGGACUUACUAAAACGGUACUGUACAUGGUCGACAUCUGUCUUUGACACUACUUGGGAAGCAAAGGCCAUAGCCAUCUUGGGCUGCAUGUCCAACAUAGAUCUGAUCUUUGAAGGAAUACUGGCAAUAAUGCACAGUGCUGUGGUUCCCUGGAGUCCAGGAGUGGAACAGCUCGUUCAACAGUACCUGGACACAGACCAUGCCAAAGUGAAACUUUUGCAAGAAGGUUACAGGCUGAUGGAAAUGAAGAAACUUUUACGGAGUUAUGGAAUAAGAGACACCAAUCUUUUAAAUGAUAAACAAAUGAUACUGAUGCUGGUAAAGUACAUUCUUAAACAAGAUACUUCCUCUUCUUUAGAAGAUGCUUUGAAAAUAGUGUAUGCAUUUAUGUUGCCUACUGCAGAAGUGUAUGUCUGGAGGAUUGUGGACCUUAUUGAUAAAGAAAAGGGAGAUGAUGUCAUAAACUUAUUAAAAAUUCUGCCUUCUGCUGAAGCUGUGGAAAUUGCAGAGAAACUGUUGAUAUGGGGAAGACUGAUAUUGGAGAAAGGAAUGGAUGACUCUGAAGAACAGAAAAUGCAGCUGUAUGUGAAAAAAAUCCUUGUGGAGAUCCUCAGAUUCCUGCUCAGUUGUCAGAAAGAAAAUAUUUUGAAAAAAGAAGAAUAUGAAGCAGAUUUUAAAUUGUUUAAAAUUCUUGUAGCCUUACAGGAGAAUUUUAACAUCUGCACUUCGGUCGAAGGUUAUUGGAAUCGAUUGCUAGUGUCUCAGCUCCUUGAAGAGCAAAUCCAAGGAGAAGAGACCAGUUUGAAGGACAGCGAUGUAAAGAAACAGUUGUCUCAGGCCAGGCUUUACAGACUGGCUUUGCUUCUGCAGAGGACCAAGCAUGAAAUGGGCUCAGAGUUGGUGCUAAGAGCAUUAGAUACUGGAAAAUUUGAAGAAGCACUAAAUAUAUGCAGAUUUUUUCUUGAGGAACACCCUAAUGAACAAACAGGGCAGCUGCUGUUUUUAGCAUGUCAAAAACUUUGUCACAAGCUGGGUUCUGAUACUCUGAUGGUUAUGCCCAAAGGAUUAAAUCUUCCAGCUGUGGUCAACAAAAUGGCAUGUCACGCAGUUACAAUCUGUAGUCCAGAUCUGAUCUUAGAUGCGCUGGAGCUUUGUAAAUAUACGUUAUUUGCCCAUGAAAUUUAUGGAAAGUGCCAAAUUGAGGACUAUGGAUUUAUAUCAAAGACAACCUCUUUUGGAACUGAUAAAGACCCUUAUGUAGAGUGGAUGUUUGAUGACUUUUUCACUGAAGAUGGAGCAGUCCUGAACCUACCCUCUGUGCUGCCAUCUGCAUAUGAAAUCAGUUCUUCCAUGGUGACUCAAGCAGAACGGAAAAUGUAUCCUCUGGACUCAACCAGUCUGGCAUAUUGUCCAUUUGAACAAGGAAGGAAUUUUUGUUUGCUGUGCAUGAAUCCCAUCUCUGAUCUGCUAAGGAGCCUACAAGAAUGUAGCCAACUUGAGUUGGCUUUGGGACUAAUUGCCUCCUCUUUCGGCUCCUUGUUGCAGCACAUCAUCUCAAACAGCAUGGAUAUUGGUCUGGGAGAAAAGCUGCAUGGCCAGAAAACACAGGAUGAUGCCAGAACAUUCCUUUUAACAAUGAUACAAAGUUCUACUUCACUGAUUAAAAGCAUUGUUAUGGUCCUAUUGCACAAGGUUUUCAACAGUCACUUGAUAGAUCACAAUCUUGCACUGGGUUACUGCACUCUGUUGCCCAAAGACAUUAUAUUUGAAAAGCUCUGGGACAUCAUAAACAACACAUCGCAGAAUUACAGCAAGAUUCUGGCAGUUGGUCUUGUUGGAGCUCAGCUAGCCAGUUGCUAUGAUGAGACAAAGGUGAAACAAGCAUUUGAAGAAUUAAUAAUUGAUGCUGAAUGGGGUAUCCAGCUUGGUAAACUUGGCAUCUCUUUCCAGAAUUUAUUUAGAAUGCCGUCAGUAAGGAAGAAAGAACUUCUAAGAACUUUGGUUCAGCAUCCAAAUGUGGAUACAGAUCUCAUACUGAAGUACUGCAGCACUUUCCUGUUGGAUACUGAUGCAGCGUUGCAGCUUUGCAUUGAAACACACCUCCUCCAGAAUGCCAGCAUAAGUCACAUUGCAGGAGAUUCUUUGGGGGGUUCUGGGAAGGGAACUCAUGUGUCAGUAGUGGCCAAAGCUGCAGAAACAAUCUGUCUUCUGAGCAGCACCACUGGCUUGGUUACAAGCCUCAGUGCAAUGUUACACAAGCUUGACCCAUAUGACUAUGAAAGUAUUGAAAGUCUUCUGACAAUUAUAGAAAGGGCUGGUGGGGAAACAGCAGGCAUCUCACUGAAUCAGGCCCUGAUGCUCAUAAAACACCUGAAAUCCUAUAAAAGAAUUUCCACUCCUGGAAAUCUGGAACAACAGUAUGUUUUUGAACAGGUCAUUCCUUUAUCACCAGCUGCUCAAACAAGGCUGCCUUUCCACUUGAUCUUCUUCAGAACACAGUGUUUCUGGAAAAUCAUUAUUCCAGAGCUCAGUGAGGAAUCGUUCCCAAAGCUUCUCUUGAUCUCAAAGCUCAUGAAGGUCUCGCUGGACACCCUCUACAUGUCUGCAGCCGACCACAUCUUCCAAGCAAAGCUGAAGCCGAAAAUGUUGGAACUGACGAGAAAUGGAUAUUUGCUGAUGGCUAACAAGGAAACUGUUCAAACUAUGCAAACCAUUCAGUCUUAUUUGCUCUCUAUAACUAACCCAGAGUGGGCUACAGCACUUGCCCACAAGAUCUCACAAGAACUUCCGACAGGAUCUGCCAAGAUCCAUGCUCUGGAAUUCUGCUGCAAUUUAGCUGAAGGAUGGCUAAAGAAUAAAGCUGUGAUGGACGAGUCUCGCGACAAGGCCCAAGUGCACCUGAAGAAGCUGCAGGUGCAACACCAGAGAUCUGCUACAGAGGCUGUGCUCGUGGCGCACAAGCUGAACUCUGAGGAACAUCAGAAACUCAUUGGAAAGCCUGCAAAUCUGGUCAUUUUGCUUUAUCAGCACAGCAGCAUAUCUUGGAGAGUUCAGAAUCCAGCUGGCAGAGAUUACCCAGAUAUCCAUGCUGCAGCUGAAGAAAUAGCUGAAAUUAACGACUUGGAUAUGAAGAAAAUAUGGGAUAUGCUAUUAGAAAAAUGGCUGUGCCCAAGUGUACCACCAAGAGACGUCUUUGAAGACAUCCAAGAUGAAGACUUUAAGAGAGUGUUAUACCUCCUACAGCUUGGCCCAAUGGAUAAGCACUUAAGAAUCCUUUAUGCAUGUACAGUAACUGUGACAUCUCCUAUUGGAGUAAACCAGCUGACCUUCGCUCACAGAAGCCGGGCUCUCAAGUGUCUGCUUUGUUUGGCAGACCCUUGUGCUCUCGAAUUCCUCUUCAAAAAACCCAUCGAGAAAGUGAAGUGUUUCCUGAAAUGCUUAAUUUACCUCGCUCAGUUUGAAAUUCUGAAUAUUCCAUACACAUAUGAAUCAUUUCAUAGCACUCCCAAGGAAGCAAUGAUCAAAGGCUUGUGGAAGAACCAUAGCCACGAACCCAUGGCAGUGAAACUUGUGACAGAGCUUAGUUUGGAAUACAAAGUGCACAGUCCUUUACUCUGGAAUGGUUUGCUUCAGAAGCUAAUUGAUUUCAAUAUGGUCCAUUAUCUGAAGAAGGUUUUGGUACAGAUUACUGGGAUCUAUUCCUUAUGGCAGAUCCCAAACUUCAGCAGAGCUUGGCAGAGUGUCAUCCUGGCGCCAUUUCUUUCAGCUUCACAGCCACCUAGUCCGACUCAGCUGGAAGCAUGCUGCGAGUCUUUCAGAAUGUUAUUGAUGUGCCCCCUCCUGGCUGAUCUAGAUCUCAUUGGGAUUGCAAAGCAGCAUGCCCAGUUAGAGCUGCCGGCUUUGGCCUUGGGAUGCCUGUUGCUGAUUCCACAGCCUGAGAAGAGAGCUCAACAGAUUCAGGACUUCCUAACCUCAUGCCCGCUUGGGACUGUGUUACAGCAAGUAGAGGAGCACAUGAGCCUGGGUGUGGUAGCUGGCUUUGCUAUACAGAUUAGGAGUCUGCUUCUAGACUACAUCAUAAAUGAGGAUGAAGAGUUUGCAACCACAAAAUACUUUCCAUUAUUGAAGUUACACGAGAUGGGUCCAGACAAAAUGAAAGGCUUGGUGGAAAAACUUGUAGAUAAAAAUAGGAUGGAUGAUGCAGCAGCCCUAAUAACAGAGUAUCUUAAAAAAAAUAGAAAUCCUCUUCCACAGGACAAGCUAUCUUCAGAAGUUGUGAAGAUGUACUUCAGUGAGCUGGCAUAGAUCUCUUGUCAUAACAGCCAGGAAAACAAGAGACCCUGUUUUUAUCUUCUAGAAGACAAUGAGACUCCUAAGAUGCCAUUAUAAAACUUAAUAUCAAACAUAGAAUUGCAACUGAAAGACUGUUAUUGUGAGUUUUUUGCAUUGUGUAUAUAUAUUUUUUAAUUUACAUACCUGCCCUCCUCUUAUUACUGUUUAUAGCUGACAGUUCCAAGCGUAGCUGUUUUUACUGACUCACUUGGCAAUCCUUUUUGUAUUCCUACACUGUAAUAACUGUGUAAUGAGUAAAACAAAUGCUUAUAUGUACUUUGUGCGUUUGUUUCGUGACUUACCAUAGAUGUUGUAUGCCAUAAAUAAUGUUACCUUGACCAAAUUAAAGUUAAAGUAUU